AUGACUGUAGAGGAGAAAAAGCUUGAUGCCAGCGAAGCGGCCGUUCAGCCCACGUCUAGCAAUGGCGAAGGCGAGAGCGAAUCACAGCACCGGCAGUUGUCGAGGGCGCUCAAGGGUCGUCAUAUGCAGAUGAUUGCGAUUGGUUUCAUCAUCAUUGGCUGCAUGAUGAUGUGUACCGUCCAAGCUCUCGGAGAACUUGCAAUCAUCUACCCAGUCAACGGAGCUUUCUAUGAAUAUGCCGUUCGCUUCAUCGACCCAGCUUGGGGCUUCGCAAUGGGAUGGGAGUACUCCAUCGGCUGGAUGGUCACACUCCCCUUCGAAAUCACAGCAGCCGGCAUCACAAUCGAGUUUUGGAAGAGCAGAGAAGAAGUAAACCCAGGCGUGUGGUGCGCCGUCUUCAUGUCACUCUUGAUCAUCAUCCAAGUCUUCGGCGUCCGUGGUUACGGCGAAGUCGAAUUCAUCCUCGCCAUCGUCAAGAUCAUAGCAUGUAUCGGCUUCAUCAUCCUCGGCAUCAUUAUCAACGCCGGCGGCGUACCCACAGACCCGAGAGGCUACAUCGGCGCGCAAUACUGGCACGACCCAGGCGCCUUCAGGAAUGGCUUCCAAGGAUUCUGCUCCGUCUUUGUGACCGCCGCCUUCUCCUUUGGCGGUACCGAAAUGGUAGGCCUCGCAGCCGCUGAAGCCACGAACCCGCGCAAGACUCUCCCGAAAGCUACCCGCCAGGUAUUCUGGCGCAUCACCCUCUUCUACAUCCUCAAUAUCUUUAUCAUGGGCCUUAUUGUCCCCUCGGACAGUGACGUUCUUCUCGGCGCCAGCGGCGCAAACACAAAGGCGUCGCCCUUUGUCCUGGCCGUCCAGCUCGCUGGCAUCCAAGUCCUCCCUCACAUCAUCAACGGCGUAAUCACCUGCGCUGUCAUCUCCGUCGCAAACAGCUGCACCUACGGCUCAACUCGCGUCCUCCAAGCCCUCGCCCAAUCCGGUCGCGCCCCCUCCAUCUUUGCCAAGAUCGACAAGUCCGGCCGGCCCAUCUACUGCGUCGCGCUCCAGGUCGCCUUCGGCUUCAUCUCCUUCAUCACCGUUGCCGCUGACAGCAAGACCGUCUUCAACUGGCUGCUCGCCGUCACGGGCCUCUCGGGCCAAUUCGCGUACGCGAGCAUCAUGAUUGCGCACAUUCGCUUCCGCAAGGCGUGGAAGGUGCAAGGGAGGAGCCCCGAGGAUAUACCCUGGAGAUCUGCGCUGGGCGUGCCGGUCGGAGGAAAGCCGAGUGCAGAGUCCUUCUUCCAAGGAUACUUGGCUGCUCCCAUCACCAUCUCCCUUUUUUUGUUUUGGAAGGUCUAUACCAAAGAUUGGGGCUUUGGCGUCGACUUGCACAGCGUUGAUCUCGACAUGGGAAGGCGGCCUGAGGAGGAGCUCGAUGAUGUUUACGAAGGGACUGAGAAGAAGAAGAGCAUUUGGAAGCGGGGCUUGUCGGUCAUCUUCUAG